UCCCAUGCUGGAAAUUGACAGAUAUUUGUAGGAGACGGUGAUGCUUGAGAUGUAAAAAAAAAGAUAAACAUGACACAUUGGUCGGUGUUUACGUUAAGAGGUUUAGUUGCCUUUCUGUCUUUUAUGAACAUCGGAACGGCAAUAAGAUGUUUCAUCGACGAUGGCUUCAUGAGAACAAAAUUUUUCCGAGGUUCAAAUGCAAGCACUGACAUGGAUUUUCAAAAAGGUGGGUUGGGUUUGGAUCGAUUGUUUGGAUUUUGGUCUAUUGCAAAUGCUGUUAUUUAUCUACAUUCUGCAGUUUUUUUACAGCAUAAACAAAUUUUAUCUCUGACAGUAUGUUCCUUAGUGGUUUAUUUAGCUUAUUUUCUAGUCGAAGCUUACAUUUAUAAAACUUUGGCAAUAAAUGGUGCUGCAUUAUUUCCUGUAACAGUUAGUGGUAUUUAUUAUUUUGAUAUACACUAUCCUAUUAUUGAUAUCCAGUUAUUCACUGGUUUAUAA